GGCAAAAACCAAAGACAAAUCACAAAUGUGACAUGCCAUCUUCCCUACCUCUACAUUCUACAAAUACCCCACUCUCAUUAACCUCGGCUUUAAACUCUUUUCUCGGUGUUCACUCGCCGGCAGAUCAACGUACCUCUUCAAAUCACCAUGGACGCCGAUCAUCCGCCAGAUCCAUCAACAUCUAGCCGGAGAUCAACCACAGCAUCCCCCAAGGCUAAACUCCCAGCACCGUUUUUGUCAAAGACUUACGAUUUAUUGGAGGAAGAAGAGGAGAGAGAAGAGAAUUGCAGCGGUGGAGGGCGGAUUGUGUCAUGGAACACGGAGGGGAAUGGUUUUGUGGUGUGGUCUCCGGCGGAGUUCUCCGAGCAUAUGUUGCCACGUUACUUCAAACAUAAUAACUUCUCAAGCUUCAUUCGUCAACUCAAUACCUAUGGAUUUAAGAAAACAGCUUCAAAGAGGUGGGAGUUUCAACAUGAGAAGUUUCAAAAGGGUUGCAGACACCUUCUUAUGGAGAUGAGCAGAAAGAAAUGUGAGCCCAGUGUGUUUCCCACAUACCUGAAGCCUUCAUCAGGAGAAACCGAUCAUCAUCAUAAUCAAACACCAUCAUCAUCAUCCAUUGAAGAAGAGAGCAUGGUUUUACUCAUGGAAGAAAACAAGAACCUCAAAAAGGAGAAAAUGGAAUUGGAAAUGCAAAUACAACACUUUAAAUCCAUGGAAACGAAGCUCUUGGAUUGUGUUUCUCAUUACAUGGGUAAUAAUAACCAAAUCCAACACAAUGAUAGUAAUAAAUUCUUACGUUGAUAAUACUGGUUUCUUAGUUCGUUACUAUGUCUAUCAGUCAUGAAAUUUUACUUUAAAACUUUCUUUUUUAA